AUGAAUGUGUCCAGCACCUGCAACUCAGCCCUCAACUCCCCUGGAGAGGCGUAUGUCUAUAUAGCUUUUUAUGGCUUCCUCUUCGUCAUUGGGCUCUCUCUCAACAUCCUGGCUCUGUGGGUCUUCUGCUGUCGGAUGAAGAAGUGGACAGAGACUCAGGUGUACAUGGUCAACCUAGCCGUAGCAGAUAGCUGCCUCAUCCUGAUCUUCCCUGUCGUCAUAUACUUCACUCGAGUCAGCUGCCUUGAGGAUCUCUCCUGCCAGGUGCCCCAGGGCAUCUAUCUUGUCAAUGCGUACAUGAGCAUCAGCAUCCCCAUGGCCAUUGGUGUGGAUCGCUACGUGGCCAUCAGGUACCCACUGAAGGCCAAGGUCCUUCGAACCCCAGGCCGGGCGGCCAUUGUCUGUGCCAUCCUAUGGGCUGUGGUCAUCAGCAUGUUGGCUUUUCGUGUUGUAUGGCAGAUCCAAGAUGGUGUCUUCUGCUUUUGGAGGAUGCGAGAGAUCCAUACCUCAGUGGUAGUCUCCUCUCUGCUGGGCUUUUUUAUCCCUCUGGGGAUCCUAGUCUUCUGUACAUUCCAGAUUGUAUGCAGCCUAUUGAGGGUGCAGAGAAGGGAGAUAUCCGAGGUCAGACAGAUCCGAAAGAGUGUGUCCAUGGUGUUGGCCAGCUUUCUUGUUUUUGUCAUUUGUUUCUUACCCUUGCACAUAACAAUCCUGCUGACCUUCUUCCUGAAAUCUAAUGACACACUCAGAAGGGUCUUUAAAAUAGUCACCUUUAUUGCCCACACCAAUUGCUGCCUGGAUGCCAUCUGCUACUACUUUGUGGCCAAGGAGUUCCAGGAGGUGACUCCUUUCUUUUGCCUCAGAUGCAGACACCCCAGACCUACGGCCCAUCAGAGCCAAGAAUUGCAGGACAAGACUUGUACAACCCUAAUGUAA